AUGUUGUCGUACAAGAACAUUGUCAUCGCCCUCGUUUCCCUGUCUAUCUCAGCUUCAGCAGCUCCGAUUCUCAGGCGCGAGGUCCCUCAAGAACACUCCCACGAAAAGAUUCUCACGGCUGUUCGCACUAGCUUGAACACUAACAACCCACAAGGGAUUGUUGACCCGGUCUUUGCGCUCCUUGGAGAUGCGGCUGCGGCUGCUGGACUUGGACAAACGACGGACCCCGACUGUCUCCAGCAAGCAACUGCCGACCAGGCCUUCACGAACGCUAAGGCUGCGAAUGAUGUUGAUGGCAUGGUGAAUGCUCUUAUUUACCGUGCCCUCGAACGUAACUCCGGUGCAGUCGGUCAGCUCUCGGCCAACUGCACGUCCGUUACCGCCGUCAACCCCGAGAUUGCAGCCCUCUCUCAACACCAGGACCCUGCCGCAGACGGUGCAACUGCUAACAACAAAGCCGUCACUCUUGCUCUUGCCCAGCAAAUUGCGGCCGUUGGCGGUGACCCCACCCUUGCUCUCGAGUCUGGUACCUUCGCUCCCGGAACCAUCGGCGACCCCACUGCCGCUGGCAACACUUGUGACGACGCUAACGACACCGAAGGAUGUAUCUUCUCUCAGAACCUCUUGGUAGACGAUGUCACCGCCGGUAUGUUGCUGGUUCCCUUGUCUUCAAUCGCUAGUGCGGGUCCUGAUUUGCCUCGAUAUGGUGUAGAUGAGAUUGCUGCCGCUGUAUCUGGUGUUUCUGCUGCAUCUACUGCUGCCGCAACAUCUGCCGCGGCAUCAGCAGCGACUUCAGCAGCUGCGACUGCCUCUGCCUCCUCUGCGGCCACUUCUGGUAAAUAA